CAUUUCUCGGUGCACAUUAUUUUGCAGUGAAACAUAUCACGAGGUUUUCAGUCGAAUAACGAGAUUGUCUUACGUUUACGCCUGGUUUUAUCGUCUAGUGUGAGUAAUUUUUACGUACACAGAAUAAUUAAUGAGAUUGAACAUUACCUGCUUGUUCAGAAUCUUGAAGAUCAGCAAACUGUAGAAUGGAGAAACCUCUGGAUAGAUGUUUGGAUGAAGUGUUUAACACACCAGGAGUUACUGGAGUUUUGUGUGCUGAUGCUCAAGGACUUUGUUUGUCAUCAAAGGGAACAGCUCAUCCCAGGGCAGCAGGUGUCAUCACAUCUCUUAUGAAACAAGCUGCACAGUUGGAACCCACAGCAGACAACUUGCCAGUGUUGAGACUAGAGUCUGAGAGUUGCAAUAUUCUGAUUCAAGGAAAAAGUGAAAUUACCCUGGCAGUUUACAAGACACCAGAAUGAAGAAAAGUCUAAAUAUUUAUAUGUUUAAGUUAAUAGAAUGAAAUAAUGAAAAACGAUUUUUACUCAUGUUAUUGUAAAGAAAAAAGCAUGUAAUCCAUAUAAAAUUGAAAUUUUUACACUACUGCAAAUGCAUUAAUUAUGUUAGAUUCUUGGAUAAGAUGUCAUUCAUAAUAAAGUGUUGAUAAGUGACAA